AUGGGAGCGCGCGGAGGCGCUGCCGGGAGGCCCCGACCCAGCGGCGGCCGCGGCGUGAGGGAGCGAGCGGAGCGGGCGGCGUUCCCCGGCCGCGCCCCGGCCCCGGCCACGCUGGCGCCCGGGGACCCCCCCGAGAUGCCGGUUCGGAGCGAAAGGCGCCGCGCUGGAGGGGCGGGGAGCUCGUCGUCUUCCCCUUCCACUGGUGCGGCCGCCAGCAGCCUGGUGCCGCCGCCUCCCAUCAACACGGCGCAGCCCGGAGUGGCGACUUCGCUGCUCUACAGCGGGGCUAAGUUCCGCGGGCAGCAGCGCAGUAAAGGCAACGCCUACGAGGUGGAGGUCGUCAUGCAGCAUGUGGAUAUGGAAAACUCCUAUCUCUGUGGAUACUUGAAGAUUAAAGGCCUUACAGAGGAGUAUCCAACCCUCACCACGUUCUUCGAAGGAGAGAUAAUCAGUAAGAAACACCCGUUCCUAACACGCAAGUGGGACGCUGACGAGGACGUGGAUCGUAAACACUGGGGAAAGUUCCAGGCUUUUUACCAGUAUGCAAAAACAUUUAACUCUGAUGACUUUGAUUAUGAAGAUCUAAAAAAUGGGGACUAUGUCUUCAUGAGGUGGAAGGAGCAGUUCCUAGUCCCAGAUCACACCAUCAAGGACAUCAGUGGUGCUUCCUUUGCUGGUUUCUAUUACAUCUGCUUCCAGAAGUCAGCAGCAUCUAUAGAGGGCUAUUACUACCAUAGGAGUUCAGAAUGGUAUCAGUCGUUGAAUUUAACGCACGUUCCCGAGCACAGUGCUCCUAUCUACGAGUUCCGAUGACAGCUGUCCAGAUCUGAUACCGCCCAGAAGCAAACGGGGCAGGAGAGCAUGGCCUGCCAGGAGAACUGUGUCCCUGUGGGAGCACGGGAAUGCACGCUUCUCUCCUGCCCCUUGGACUCGAGAGAGAGAGAAAGAGAGAGCCUGGAUGUUAACUCGCCCAGCCCGAGGAGUUGCUGGAGCUUGAUUCUCCCUCCUGUCGAGUGGCCAUUUGAUCUUUACUCUGGUUUUAAGCUACUUUAAUGCACUUUCUUGUUGCACAGCUCGUUUCUCUUGUCACUGAAGUUCCUCCCGGCUCUCCUCUGGAAGCUGUUUCUCAGUAGCUGGAAUCAGUGCUCUGGCCUCUGAGUAAUAAGGAAAUGUAAGCUCAAAGCUUAUCUUUUCCUUGUUAUAUCCUGAUGAUUGAAAUCACCAGGAUUUAGGUUUCUUGCCCAGAUUUCCAGCUCUGAUGCUCCCAGAGCCAGGUCCUGGGUGUGAGGCUCAGCUGUGGAGUCUGUUGGGGGAGUGUUGGCUGAGGUAAGGCUGGAGUGAGGCUUUGCUGGCUAACAAGGUUAGCUGGAGCUGCAGAUCUUUCAGGAACGCUGGCCCUUUAGAGCUGGGAGCUGUUCCAGUGUCUGGAUAGGCCACUGGGAAUUAAUUUGAUGUAUGGACUUCCAGGCUCUCAGUAAAGUGGUUCUGAACUCUGCUUGUAGGUGUAUAUUUGCUCUUUACUUAAGUUAAGGGUAAAAAAAAAAAAGAAAAA